AAUGGCCAGCAAGAGCAAGACACCCAAAUCUCUCACCAAGGAGGAGGAACUCCUGCUGCAAGAUUUCAGCAGAAAUGUCUCAACAAAGUCAUCAGCUCUCUUUUACGGAAAUGCUCUAAUUGUUUCGGCAAUUCCGAUCUGGCUGUUCUGGAGGAUCCAUCAGAUGGAUCUAUAUCAGUCCGGUAUUCUGUUUGCUGUCGGAACCAUCAUCAGUACCUACCUGGUUGCUCUCGCCUACAAAAAUGUCAAAUUUGUCCUCAAACACAAAAUUGCUUUAAAAAGAGAGGACGCUGUCUCCAAAGAGAUGACAAAGAAAUUUGCUGAUGAUAAACGUAUGACAAAGAAAGAAAAGGAUGAAAGAAUACUUUGGAAGAAAAAUGAAGUAGCAGAUUAUGAAGCUACAACGUUUUCCAUUUUCUACAAUAAUGCAUCUUAUCUAGUAUUACUGGUGAUUGCUUCCUUCUACGUCCUGAGGAGUAUCAACCCUACAUUUAAUUACCUCUGUUCUGUUGGACUAGCAUCAGGUUUACUGGCAUUGUUCUCCACCAGCACCAAGUAAACAUCCUCAAUAUGUAAACAUCAUCAGCAAGUACAAAGAUCUACAUGUGAACGUUGGACUGGAAAAAUAUCUCCCAGUACCAUUGUAGAUAGCAGCGACAGAGACAUAAAAUUGAACCAAUCUACUCAUUGGAAAUCAGUUAAAAUCACCAAUCAACAAUCCAUUGAGGAACUAAUAGACUAUUUAUAAUCCAUAGAAACUGGUUCAAUUUAUUUACAUUACAUUUCAUAACUGUUUUCAAAGGUAAAGGAAUAAAGUUUUUUUUGUAUAAAAAA